GUAUGCGUUCAUUAGGGAACCAGAUUUGGCUAUAAGUUGAUGUUACACAUAAUGUUAUUGGUUAGCUCUCAAGGUGAAGCUUUAUAUUAAACCAAUGAAAAACUUGAUGGCAUGAAGAGUCAGUGUUGGUUCGUUCCUUGACAACCCCCAUAAUCUAAAAACAAGAUGGCGAAGUACUAUUAGUCGUUCGGAAUACAGCCCAGCAACAGAAGAAAUGUUGAUCUUAUUUGUGCUGAAUACGGCCUGAACAAAGCGAUAUUGCCAACAUGCCCACGGGUCUGGAGAAGCAGACGGCCCAGCGGGCCACUGACUGUGGGGAGACACCGGAAUAUGUCAGCAAAGUCACUGCUCCCAGAAACCCCAAACUGGUCAGAGGGCCCGUGGAAGAACCUAAAUUGACGCCGUCGUCCUUCAUGAAGGAGAUGGCACAGACGACCUCGGAGAAGCUUGCCAACACGCACGACAUGCGGAUCCCACAGGUCAUUGAACUCCUGGACAUGGGAGACACAACUCACCAAAAGUUCUCUGUUGUGGACAUCGAUGAGCCCAUGUUCCAGCCGUUCCCGUCCGAGAUUGUCUUCCAACAGUUCGAGCCUCACGAGGUCUACGAGGUUCCCUUGCUCCUCAGGAACAGUGAUAAAGUGUCUAGACUGGUCAAAGUGUUCCAGGCAGACUCACCUUACUUCAAGAUUAUCAGCCCUCCCGACAUCGGGAACAAGGUCGCCCCUGGCAUGGCCAUCAUCUUCAGGAUCCAGUUCAUGCCAGCCGAGAAGAAGGAUUACAACCACGAGCUGAUCUGUAUGACGGAGCGAGAGAAGUUCGUAGUACCGGUGAAGGCCAUCGGUGCCCGAGCCCUCCUGGACUUCCCCGACCAGGUCAACUUCUCCACCUGCCCCGUCAAGUACCCCUCCACCAAGACGUUGCUCGUCAGGAAUGUGGGCAACAGAGAUGCCAGGUUCUCCCUCGACGUGCCGCUGCCAUUCACGGUUCAUCCUGAUUGUGGCACCUUGGCCGUGAACGAAAGCCUUCAGGUAGAAGUGACGUUCAAACCAAGCACCAUUGGAGACCACAGCCAAGACCUUACCAUCUCCUACGACACAGGUGAAGACAUCUUUGUCACGCUGUACGGUGCGGCUGUGGACGCCAACGUCCGACUGGACAAGAACACCGUCCGCAUCGAGAACACCUUCAUCUCCAUGGCCAAUCAGCGGUCGGUGACCAUCAACAACCGCAGCGACGUCAUCGCUCACUUCCAGUGGAAGCCGUUUGCCUCCGUUGACGAGGAGGGGCAACAGAAGGACAGAUUUUGCACCGAUCUAGCCGAGGAGGAACAGGCGGAGCAUGAUCGCUUCCUGGAGGAGUGCAUCGUGGAUCACACGCUGCGUGACAAAAUGGCCAUCCUCACCCGAACCUUCCACAACAGGAGAAAGAUGGUGGAGGGGGACAGCAUGCUGUACACCGACAGCGCAUUCACGAUCGAGCCCCUAGAGGGCGACAUUUGGCCCAACUCAUCUACCGAAGUCAAUGUGAUCUUCAAGCCGGAGGAGGCCCGCACCUACUGGAGCACCGCCUACUGCGAUGUGACCGGCCGCGAGACCCGCCUCCCGCUUAGGAUGCGAGGAGACGGCGUGGGCCCCAAGGUGGUCUUCUCCUUUGACGCACUGGACAUGGGCCAUAUCUUUGUGGGAUCCACGCACACUUAUGAGGUGGUGCUGAGCAACCAAGGCGACAUCGACGCUACCUUCAACCUCCUGCCCAACCAGACCACCUUCGGCCCACGCUUCCAGUUCAGCCCCAGUGAGGGCAUUGUGACCCCCGGCAGCCACCAGGCGAUUAAGAUUGCCUUCUCCUCCCCCGUGCUGGGCGACUUUGACGAGGACUUCCACUGCUCCGUCCGGGGCCUGCCGGAGAAGCUCAAGCUGAACUUCAAGGGGAACGUGAUUGGGCCCACCUUCCACUUUGACCAGCCCAAGCUCAAGUUUGGCACCGUGUCUUACGGAUUCAAGAGCACCAGGAGUGUGACCCUCGCCAACACUGCCCUGGUCCCCAUGACCUUUAACCUCAGGGUACCAGGUGACGGCACAGGGGAAGUGGUGUCGGCAACCAGCGGGGAACCGACGCUGAACCGCAGCAAUCUGAGCGUGCCACCCACGGAGUUCCGCAUCACGCCAGAGAAGGGCACUAUUCCUCCGCAGAGUGAAGUCAAAAUACAAGUGGAGCUAACGUCCAAUACAGUGAAAAAGUACGACAUGUCUCUAGUUGUUGACGUCGAGGGAGUUGGAACGGAACUGUUGGCCCUACCGAUCACAGCCAAGUGUGUCGUACCUGCGAUUGUAGUGGUGACUCCCAUCAUGGACUACACAAGAUGCUUCUUGAACCAUCCCUACGAGUUGAACACAAAGCUGUUCAAUGACUCUGACUUGCCCGCCAAAUACGACUUGGUUCCUCAGGAGAUACAGGACAUGAGCCCCAUGCUGUACACCAGCCCCCAGGCCACGGGUAUCAUUGAGCCCCACUCCACUGCCGAGGUCCCCCUGGUUAUUAUGCCUAAAGCCCUGGAGGAGAUUGAGGCCGUGGCUGAGUUCAGCAUCUUUGGCAGCACCGAACCACCACUGCAAGUUCAACUGAUGGCUAUAGGAGAGGGGCCCGUCGUGCACGUGACACCCACCGAGAUUGACUGGGGCCAGACACCGGUCCUGACAGACGUCACCAAGAUAGUCACGCUGUCCAACGAAUCGCUGAUCCCUGCACCGUUCUGUUGCACGCUGAUGCGGCCCAACUCCCUCUGGCAAGUUGAGCCCAAGGAGUCCGUCAUCCCACCAGAGGAGAGCUUGGAUCUCAGACUAACAGUCAACCUGGAUGACUGCAUUAGAUUUCAAGACAAGCUGGCCAUCAACUUUGAGAACAGCCAGACGCGUACAAUCAAGCUCCAAGCUUACGGGCACGGCACCACCGUCGUGUCUUUCCCACCCAUGACGCCCAGCAUCGAGCUCGGACACCACUUCAGUAGUGGGCCUUGCCGUCGCAUGUUCACUUUGACCAACAAGGGACGCCGCCACCAGCAGCUCUUCUGGAGCACGGAGGGCUUCAACCCCAUCAAGCUGAAGAACAGAGACCCCUAUUACAACCCUCUGGACGUCAAGUACCAGAGGAUGCCCCCACCGGCUCCACCACCCAAGCCUGUCUUCAGCCUGACCCCAUCACGCUUUGAGCUGGAGCCCGGAGAGAGUAUCGACGUUGUUCUUGACGGCCAGUCUGAUACGCCCAAGGUGGUGAAGGAACGCAUGCUGUGCCACGCCAUCAUCGGCAAGGCCAGCGGCAAGGAGAAGAUCAUGAAGACAGACAUCAGCAUCGAGUUCAUCAGCCCGCUGCUGGAGUUCUCCACCAAGCAGGUCAUGUUCAGAGUGGAUAAGCAUCCUAACGACGUUCUGGAGAACCAGUUAGAGGAGCUGACGCUGACCAACGUGUCUUCCUUACCCCUCCACACCCACGUGGAGCUGGAGGAACCGUUUGUCAUCAUCUCGGAGGACGAGGGCCAACCCAAGGAAAUCUCCUCCAUGGAUAUUCCAAUGGAGGUUGGUGAAUCUCAGACGCUGAAGAUUCAGUUCAAUCCUGCCUAUGUGGAGGACUCUUACUCCAGGGUAGCCGAGAAGUUGCUCACCUUUAGAUACCGAGAACAUCCACACAUUGAUUACGUUGGCCUGCGGGGUGAGGUCUACUUCCCCAACCUGACCUUCGAGAGGAUGCAGGUGGACUUUGGCUGCAUCCUGAACGACACCGAGGUCACCCGCUACGUCCACAUCACCAACGCCAGCCCCAUGGCCGUCAGCUAUCGCUGGUCCUUCCUGGAGCCGCCGGACCCCAUCCUGGUCUACCCCCAGCCUCCUCCAGCCCAGCCGGCAGGGGAUGGAGGGGACGGGGGCACCGGCUCAGGGGAAGGGGAUCAGCACGUGGCGUUCGAGGAGCCCCCCGAGGAGGUGGAGACGGGGCCGGAGACUGACGGCGAGGAGAAGGGGAUGGAGGCCGAGGAACAGGAAUUGGAGAAACCGGCCGAAUCAACCCCCAGAGAGGAACCCCUGUCCACUGUGAACAUCAAGCUCCCCGCCGAAGACAGCGUAAAGGAUGCCCAGUCGGUCAAGCUGGUCACCCAAGACACCAAGGACUCGCUGACUGAGGAUAAGUCCCCCCACCAGCAGCAGCAGCAGCAGCAGCACCAAGACGGUGGAGAGAAGUCCUCCAAGAGGUCCCCCCGUAAGACCCCCCGCAAGUCCACCGGCAAGAGCCAGGGCAAGUCAGCCAAGUCGGGAAAGACGUCCGUCACUGAGGAGAGCAGCGGCCACCGGAAGAAAACCGCGAAGGAGGACAAGGAGGAGAUGAGGGAGUCCGAGACGCCAGCUGAGCAGAUCCUAAGCGUGGUGGACAUGUCUUCUGUGGCCGUGGAGGAGCAGGCAGCCGAGGACAGGCAGAGCGUGGGCAGCCGGGCCUCCCUGCGCCCCACCAGCGCCAUGAGGAGGCGCCAGGCCAAGCUGGCCUACUUCCAGACCAUCACCGAGCCCACGGUGGUCGGCAUCGAAGAGGUAUUCGACAUCCUGCCAUUGUACGGCACGCUGAUGCCUGGCGAGUCAGACACCAUCACCUUCACCUUCUACGGCCACGCCGACAUCGGGAGCGAAGCCAAGGCGCUGUGCCACGUGGAAGGGGGCCCCUGUUAUGAGCUGGCACUGAAGGGCGAGGCGUCCAUCGUGCAGUACAGCUUCGACACCAAGCACAUUGACUACGGCAAACGGAUGUAUGACCAGGUGGCCGAGGCGGAGAUUGUCCUGCGCAACACGGGCAAGGUGGGCUUCGACUUCCAGGCGGUCCACAUGGACCCCAGUGCUGCCCGGCGCCCUGUCCCUGGCCUGCCAGUCAUGAUCCCCCACACCGGCCACAUCGAGGCCUACCAGGAACAGACCCUGCUGGUCAAGUUUCUGCCGGGCGUGCCGGAGAAAUUCCACAAGAGCUUUGAUAUCCAAGUGGCCCACUUUGAGCCCGAUUCCAUCAACCUCUGUGGGGAGGGCGUUUUCCCCCGCGUCUCCCUGGACCUGCCCCGCUUCGGCGACGAGGAGGGCCUCUACUCCACCCUCCUGAAGGAGGCCAAGGAGCAUCUGGGCAGGGACAGCCGCAAGGAGGGCAAGCCAGUCGGUGGAGGAACCGGCUUGGUAUCCCCCAUGCCCUCUCCCACGCCCAGGGAUCCCUCGCACGAGGACGCCAAGUCCAUACUGUCCAUGCAGCACGACUUCCCGUCCGAGUUGGAACUCCAGAUGGAAGUGGAACGCCUGGUGGUGAAGGAGUUUGCCGUGGACAUGCAACAGAGCAACGUGUCCAACCACGAGGCGAUAGUCACCACGGGGCCGUCCCGGCCCACCUACAGUAAGACACCCAGGACCUCCCGAAGCAAAAAGAACACCAAACACAAGGCCCGUCUACCAGACUACCUUUUGGAUUUUGGCUACGUCGUCCUGGGCACGGUCCGCACCCACAUAGUGCGCGCCACCAAUACAGGCUUCUUCGCGGCCUCCUUCUCCGUGGACCGGACUGGCCUGUCCGGCACUGGCUUCAACGUGGAGCUAGACCGCGUCCGGCAGCUGCCAGGCUACCCCGAGCAUGAGAUGGUGGACUUCAGGGUCAGCUUUGACCCCCGGGGAGCAAACCUAGGGCUUGGUGAUGUCCAAGCUGUCGUCCCCAUCAAUGUUGUGAACGGUCCCUGCGUAUUCCUGCGACUGCGCGCCAGCGUGACCAUGCCCGACAUGCUGAUCUCCACUGAUGCGCUGGACUUUGGCCCCGUCCAGUGUGGUCAGUGCAAGGUCAUCACGGUCCAGCUGCACAACAACCAGCACGUCAAGUGCGAGUGGACGUCCCUGCCCACCGACAAAGAGAGGAAACUUAUUGACAAGCACAUGCCGAUGCACCUGCGGCGAAAGCUCCGCCCAGAGAAGGCACGCCCCCGCAACUUCGAGAUGAUGCCCCCCUUGGGCAUGCUGCUGCCCGGCCAGAGGGUCAACGUGCAGGUCAAGUUCAUGCCCACCGAAGAGAAAGUCUACGCUGAUCGCAUCGUAGUCCGCCUGAGUCAGAGCAGCCAGCGCCUGACCCUGCUGGCCCACGGCACCGGCCUGGAGCCCCGCAUGGAUUUCAGCCAGACCCUGCUGGAGUUUGACCCCAUCCUGCCCCACAGCGUGGGCGACGAGGUGGACGUUGUCGUCAAGAACCCGUGCUCCUUCCCCAUCGAGUUCUACUCUCUGGAGUUUGACGACCAGUACCUGGAUGAAGAGAAGAUGUUGCGUACCGUCAAGGACUAUGACGAACACGGCACCAUUCUCCUCCCGCCCCGUGUCCCGGGGGACAAGCUGCCCCCAGAGCUGCUGGAGCACUAUGAGGAGUUGAGGAAAGCGGUGGAGGAAGAGGAGAAGGCCAAAGCCGAGGCUGCCGCUGCAGCGGCACAGGACGCCACCCAAGGUGACGAAGCAGCCGCGGGUGAGGAGGGGGUGGGCGGAGCCACCGAGGAUGAGCCAGGCAACCAGGGGAGCUCCCUCCCCGUCCCCGCCACCAAGGGGCAAGCCGCCUCCCCCACCGCCAGCCAAGAGGGGGACAGGAAGGGUGACAAACAAGCCCCCGAGGGUGGGGACGAGACCGAUAGGCUGCCACUGCCUAAGGACCAGGACGGACCCCAAGACAAGAAGGACGCAGCCAGCAGCGUCGGAGUGGGAGAGCUCCUGGAGAUCACCCCCAUCUCGGCGGCCAUCGCCAGGCACCUGGGCAUCGACCUGUCGCCCGAGGGCAAGGCGGCCAUGAGGCGCCGGGGAGUAGCCAUCGUGGUCCAUGGCGCCCCCAUGUCAGGGAAGACGUCGACCGUCAUCACCCUGGCAAAGUACUACGAGGCCGCCCUUCUGACCGUGGACGGUGUGGUUCUGGAAGCCAUCUCCAACGGCAACACCCCGGCCGGCCUGCGGGCCCGGGAGCUGUGCGCCCAGGCGGCCAGGGCCCAGCUGGCCAAAGAAGGGGACGGUGUUGAGACGGCCGGAGGGGCCGGGGGCGCCGGCGGGGCUGGGGGACUCAGCGUGGAGGCCGUGACUGCCCAUUCCCAGGGACUCGGUGCUGGCUCAGGGUCGGUCAGCAUGGCCGGCGGUGGUGCCCACUCAGUCAUCAGCAACCGCAAGACCAGCACCAUCUCGGGCCACAAGCCCACGGGCGGCGAGGCGGGCCCGGCUGCGGACAAGCCCGACAGGAAGGACAAGAAGGACAGGAAGCAGGAAGACAAUGCCACCCAGCUGUCAGGCAGCCCCCCGCCGGCCGCCCCCAUCUCCCGGCGGCUGAGUGUCAGCGCCAGCGUGGCCGGAGAGGAAGGGCUGAUGAGCUGCCUGCUCCCCGAGGACCUGCUGGUGGAGAUGCUAGCCGAUAGGCUGCAGCUCAACGACUGCCACCGCGGCAUCGUCUUUGACGGCCUGGAGACUAUGUUCAGUCCCAAUCACACCGCCACUGCCAAUGCCCUCCUGAAGGCCUUUAACAAUCGGAAAUACAUCUACUUUGUCACCUUGAAGCUGGAGCAGUCGGUCUUCCAGGCCAGGGAGAAACGGUUGCAGGAAGAGAAAGAGCGUCUGGAGAAAGAACGUGAAGAGGAAGAGAAGCUACGACUGGAGGAGAUGUCGGAAGAUGAAUACGACAACCUGACUGAGGAGGAGAAAGCCGAAGUGGACCGCAAGCGUCUCAAGGCCAAGAAGGAACGGCUCCUCAAAAAGGAGAUGGAGGAGCGACUUGAGAGGGAACGAAAGGAGCGGGAACUAGCCGCUCUCUUGGAGGAGAAGAAAGUCGAAGAUGAUAAGAAAGGCAAGAAGAAAGGAGCCAAGGGCCAGGAGAAGGACGCCAAGGGAGCCCCGCUAAAGAAGUCCCAGGAAGGGGGCGGCAAGACGGGCCCCACGGCCAGCCAGGCCGGCAUGAAGAAACCGGCGGGGGACACCCAGGGGAGGCAUGACCAGCCGGCUCCGCCCUCAGAGCACGGCCUGAAGGCAGGGCCCUCCUCGGUCAUGGAGCGGCCCGAGUCACAUGGCACGGCUGGCAGCGAGUCUCAGGAUGAUGGCGGGAAGAAACGUAAGAAGGACAAAGGUCGGCCAAUCUCGAAUGAGGUGGUUCCGGAGCCAGAACCGGAGAAGGACCCAAUGAAGGAAGCCGAGAUCCUUCUGACCUGCCGCUUCAAGGCCUUCGAGCAUGGCCUGAAAGAAAUUGAAAAGAUCCUGGAUCGCUGGGACAGGACCAUUGGGCAAGUUGUCAUCGACCCGCUGGCCGACGAAAUGGAGGCGGAGGAGGUAACCGUGCACCCGCCCUCUGGACGGAAGGGCAAAAGCAAGGCAGAGAAGGAGAAAGAGAGGGAGCGAGAGAAGGAACGAGAGCGGCUGGAGAAGGAGCGGCUGGAGAAGGAGAAAGCGGAAAAGGCCUUGGCCGAGAGCGGCGAGCAGAGCGACCCCAAGGACGGCGAGGAUGAGAAGGACGGCGGCAAGAAGGACGAGAUGGGUGUGCCUCACCUCCUGAUGGACGCCAGCGAGCCAGACGCCCGGGUUGGUGACCAUGUCCUGGCCACCAAGCGCCUGCCCACGGCCGCCGAGGUACUAGACGGGCUUGGCCUGGGCCCCAACGGUCCUCCCAUACCCCCGUCGGCGAUAUUCUCCGUCGUGCCCUUCCCUGUGAAGCGGAAGGCUCCGCUCGGCGCCGAUCCUUCCGGUCACUACGUCUUCGUGGCCUCAUCUCCAGAUGACCCCAAUGUGAUUCCAGAAGAGAAAAAUAAGGAUGCUGAUCAGGAGCCAGACUCGUCUACUCCAGACAAGGCCCGAGAAAAGGACGACCACACGACACCCACUGGCAAAGGCAAGGGAAAGGACAAGACCCGCUCAGGGGCAGAGAGCACCAGCUCCCGCCGGCGCUCGGCCAAGGGCGGCCGGAACCGCAAGGGCUCCCUGACGGUCACUUCCCCGCCCCCUGGCACGACCACGCCGGGCUCGGACUUUGACGGUCAGAGCAGCACGGCUGGAGACAUGUCGGCCAUGCAGGAGCCCAAGAACCCCAAGCUUGGUAUUUUCCGCUGGACCGUCGGAGCCGAGUCGGAGAUCGUCCUGCGACUGCGCUUCCAGUCGGACGAGCUGGGCCAGUUUGACCAGACGCUGAAUUUUGAGAUCGUGGGCACUCGCCGACGCUACCAGCUCUACUGCCGCGGCGUCUGCAGCUUCCCGAACAUCAGCAGAGAACCGAGGGUUGUUUUCCCUCACCGCAAAAAGAGCAAGCGCGCGGACGAGAUCAUCCACAAAAAGUUCGUGCUGAGCUCGGAGACACUUCAGAUGGGCCCGCUGCUGGCCGGCAAGUCCCGGGACCGCUACAAGGACGGCCGCUACCCGGAGAACCAGGAGAAACUAACCAUCCACAACUCCUCCCCGCUGGAGGCGGACGUCACCUUCUGCUUCCAGCACGACAGCAACGCCACCACCUUCCUGAUGGAGCCCCCAGCCAUGACGCUCAAACCCGGUGAAUCUCAG